AUGUCUGGUUCGUCGUUCAACGUCACGUGGCAUCUCGCGUAUCCUCACCGGGGAGGGAUUAAACUUCAAGUACUGGACAAUUACCAAAGGCCUGUAUUGGAUUUAACACCAGUCACAAAAGAUUCUGAUUUCUUGAGGACCGAUGCCACAGCUCAAUCGUACGCCGUUCAGUUGCCGGGAGAUUUCGUUUGUGAAGAUUGUACCAUUAGAUUACUCAGAGAAGCAUUAGAAUUCAGCAAUAGCUACAGAUUUUGGUCGUGCGCAGAUGUCGAUAUCAAAAACAAAAAAAAUUACCGAGAAGACUGCAGUGGCAAAGGCCGUUACUUAUUAUCGAAGUGCCGGUGCGACAAACUGUAUUACGGCCCCAGAUGUCAAUACAAAGAUGAAUGCAUUGAAGACAACGAUUGUGGCGAUCAAGGCAGAUGUAUAGAUGUCCACGCGACGACCGCUCCUAGGAAACAGUGCUAUUGCGAACCCGGAUGGUUUGGACCGGGAUGCACUAAACGUUCGUCGUUGAAAUCAACUGAAAUCGAUUUGAGCAAUCACAGGUUCAAAGAGCUUUCAAAAGACUUCCAUUUAUAUUGGAAAAUAUUUAAAGAAGAAGGCGAGAUAGAAGUUGUGUUAAGAGCGAACAGUACCAGUUACUUAGGGUUAGGUUGGCGACCAAAAGAUUUGACUUCAGAGUGUAAAAAUUUCCCAGCAUUAGCAGACUUGCCUGGUGCAAAAGCUGUUGCAGCAAUACCCAAACCUGAACCCGAACCAGAACCAUUAGGUGAACCAGAACCAAAAAGCGAACCGGAACCAAAGAGUGAACCCGAACCUAAAAGUGAGCCCGAACCAAAAAGUGAACCAGAGCCAAAGAGCGAGCCGGAACCCAAAAGUGAACCAGAGCCAAAAAGCGAACCUGAACCAAAGAGCGAGCCGGAACCGAAGAGCGAGCCGGAACCGAAAAGCGAACCGGAACCGAAGAGCGAGCCGGAACCAAAGAGCGAGCCGGAACCAAAGAGCGAACCGGAACGGAAGAGCGAGCCGGAACCGAAGAGCGAGCCAGAACCCAAGAGCGAACCAGAACCUAAAAGUGAGCCAGAGCCAAAGAGCGAGCCGGAACCCAAAACUGAACCAGAACCAAAGAGUGAACCAGAACCAAAACAAACACCAGGGCAGAAAUCAAGUAGCAAACCUGAACCAGAACCGGAGCCCGAAACGACUGCAGAACCUUCACCAGAACCUACUACUUUGUCAACGACAACAAUUGCAAGCUCCACUAGGCCGAAACCAUCAUUUUUCCGAACCAGAGGUCGACUGCAAAAACCAAAGCCUUCCGAUGAACCGGAAGCUGCAGCAUCAACUGCUAGUGCACCGUUAAGAUCUAACGGAAGGCCAGUGUUUGCCCAACUACGAAAUACUAGAUCAGCAUCAACCCCAAAUGAACCUCAACCAGAAUCAGAGCCAGAACCAAGGUUGAAAGGUCAGGAAGGCCAUAACCAUCACGAUCACUCUUCACAUGAACACGACCACUCAUCACAUGAACACGACCACUCAUCACAUGAACACGACCACAACCAUGAUCAUCAACAUGAUCAUCAUACUCACGACCAUAAUCAUGAACAUCAACACGAAGCUCCCGCCAAAAAAGAAAUGAAACUCAAUACGUACACACCCAAAGCUGAUUUUAACGGGAUGGAUUGCACAGAUUUAGUGAUAGGGAGUGCUCGAGGAUCAGCCAGCAGAGUGUGGGACUAUUACACUAGAGACAGGUCAACGCCACGUGUAGACGGAUUUUGGGGUGGAAAGAAUGAUUUAAUCGCUUCAGUUGGAUUCGAAAAAGAUGGAGUUACGACUAUUGCUUUUAGAAAGAAACUCAAGGCCACCGAACCUACUGAUCACUCUAUCGUAGAUGAUGUUAUGCACGUGAUUUGGGCUAAGGGUCAAGAACAGAAAAACUAUCAGCAUUCUCCAAAAUCUGGCCUGGAAAAAGAUGUUGCUUUUGUAAAAGAUUUUUACAAACAAGAUGAACUUAAAUAUCACGGUCACGGGUCCCAGCGUGGAGUGAUUUCUAUUAACUUUUUUGAUGAACCCGGACGACAGCAACCAUCGGUCGACGAUCAAGAAUCGACGAAAACCGCCGAAAAUCCAUUGACCAGUCGUAAUAACAAGCCGUCCGUCCAGCAGGUUUCCUCGCCGGCGCCCAGCAACUGUUACGGUCAGUGGUCGACCCCAAAAGGCUGUAACGUGACCGCUGGUCAGUGCGAGUACCACGUGGUGUGGACUUAUUCGUCGAAAACUGAUUACAUGCGAUUCACGAUCACUACCACUCACACCAGUACUUGGACCGGUAUUGGGUUUUCAGACGACCACAAAAUGAGUCAAACGGAUGCCAUAAUUGGAUGGGUGGAUAAAGCCGGAAGGCCGUUCCUUAUGGACACGUGGAUAAACGGGUACACUGCUCCUCUGUUGGAUGCUUCACAAGACUUGAGCAAUAUAACCGGUAACACCGCCGAAGGAUUGACAACGUUGAGCUUUAUGAGGAAACGAUCGACCGGCGAUACCAAGGAUAUGAUGUUUGCGGAUGAUAAGUGUCUAUAUUUAACGUUCAUCGUCAAAGGAGGCGGUUACAACCCGGUGAACAAAAAAAUCAAAAAACACGAAGUCUUGCCAAUGUUUUCCAACGAAAGGGUGUGCAUAAGAUCCUGCGGUGCCGAAGAAGAUUGGGAAUCGGCCACCACCACGACUGCGCCGAAAGCGGCGUUCAACGUGGCCAUCAAGUUGGUGAAAUUGGGUGAAAAUUUCGUUGUGCCCCCGGCUGGAAGUCCUGACUUUGACGCCCUAGCCAAUACGGUUACCAGUGGUUUCAAGAAAACCUUGACGAAAUUGCCCGAAUUCUACAAGAUCAGCGUCGACGAAUUUUCUCAAGAGAACGACAACGUGGUUGCCAAAAUGAGUGUCGAGUUAGACGAGAGUGGCGGUGGAUCUCGAGGCCGUGCAUUGGGAACGGACGAGGGUGCCGAACAGUUGGAGCGUGUUUUAAGGAGUACCGUAAACAGCGGCCACGUAGGAGCUCUAUCGUUAGACCCUAAGUACUUUGUUUUCGAAGCAGCACCACUGUCCAGUACGAUUCCGUUAGAGGAACACGUCAAUGACAGUAUAUUAUUGUCCACUACAAAGUUGUGGAUCGUUAUAGGAUGCAUUUCCGCUUUGGUGUUUAUCGCCAUUGUUCAAGCUGGAUGCACCAUCUACAAGACAGCUCGAAGACCUAGACCAAACCACAAGCUGGUCUAUUCGGUCCCGACUGGAGCUCAGGCCGCAUAUCGGCCACCUGUCGACCCUUACAAUAUGUACACCACUGGUCAUUGGGCGCCUAUCCGAGCAGAACACGUCACACAUCGUUACUAA